AAAUGUAUCCACCUCUGGCAGUUACCAUUGUUACUAUCAUUAACAAAAAUUUUAGCCAUAUUUGUAAAUUAUGAAACUCCAACUACAAGUAUACGAUAAAACGAAACACUCCCUCUAAAUUAUACAUUCCCGAUGACAGCACGCUUUUAAAUACUAGUUCGUCGCCGUUUUCAGCCAGUACGUGAGUGACCACCGAAAUAAACGUCGCGUUCGGUCAGCGAAAUGAAUUCGUUCCUAUCCAUCCAAAAUUUCAUCGUUUUACUUUUUCGAUAGAUAACAUAGAAUUUUAUCGUUUCAAUAUCGCAUGGAGCAGUUCGAGCAACUGCUGACGUGCGCGAUAUGCCUGGACCGAUACAGGAACCCGAAGCUUUUACCAUGCCAGCACAGCUUCUGCAUGGAACCCUGCAUGGAUGGCCUCGUUGACUACGUGCGUCGCCAGGUGAAAUGUCCAGAAUGCCGUGCGGAGCAUCGUAUACCCUACCAGGGUGUGCAGGCGUUCCCGACCAACGUGACCCUGCAACGAUUCCUGGAAUUGCACAUCGAGAUCACGGGAGAACUACCGGACCCGACCAGCGGACAAACGAUGGAACGGUGCGGGGUUUGCUCGGAGAAAAGCUACUGCUCCCUCUGCGUCCACUGUGAGAAAAAGUGUUGUCCCGAAUGCAAGGACGCUCACAUGGACAUCCUCAGGCGUGAGAUUACGCGCAUCAAUUCCCAGAUACGCAGAGGGUUGCACAGGUUGCAAGACGCGUUGGCUUUGGUGGAAAAAAACACACUUGGUCUGCAAACAAACUGUGCCUCGGUCGGAGAAGAGGUGGACGAGAUUUAUCGGAGGCUGAGCAAGGCUUUGAAAGACCGUACGGAACAUCUGCGUAACGAGGUCGAUCGAUACCUGGGCACCGAGCUUAGAGGCCUGAUUCAGCUCAAAGAGAAUCUCGAAUUGGAAAUCGCGAAUAUCCAGAGCAACUGCGAUCUGGCGGAGGCUCACAUCAAUGAAAACGUACCAUGGGACGAUUCGGAGCUUCUCGAUACGAAAGAGCUCUUCCUGCGUACGGUGGAAUUCAUCAGGAACUUCGAGUACGAAGCAGGGGAUUACAGUCGGCGAGUACGUUUCGUGAUGGCUCACGAUCCGAACCAGCUGGUCCUUCACGUAGCGGGAUACGGCGAGCUGAAUAUUAAGCCAGAAACCGGAACCGGAGGACUGUUGGGUAGUUCGAGCAGUUUAGCGCCUCCCGGAGGAUCUCCCGGUCUCAUGAGGAGCAAAAGCGACCAUCGGCUCGCUUCUCAAUACCGACAACAAGAGGAGGAACGACUCGCGAGAAACCGAUACGUCCCUGAAUACGAAUACGAUGCCCCGGAUUAUGAAGCACCGAGGAACAAAUCGAGGUACAGGAGUCGAUUCAUGCGACAUCGCGACGGAGACGAUUCCGACGGCGACUCGAGGUCGACCGUCAGAUUCACGUCGACGCCCCAGGAAUCGUCGGGGCUUCGCGAACGUGUCCUGGACACGGAAGACGCGGCACGCGGUCCUUUAUCCGGGAUCUUCCGUCUCACGGACUCGCCGCGUGUUAUGAAGAAGCUUCAAGAGUACGAGCGAGCCGGGAAAAGGAAGAAAGAGGAACCAGCUCCUCAUCCUGCUCAACAACCGCAACCGGCGAAGCCUCAGGUACAGGUCAGAAAAGUGCCGACUGCGAUGGCGAGGCAGACCAGCGACGACGAUGAGAUCUCGAGGAUCAAAAAGCAAAACAAAACCACCGCAGCCACACCUGCGACCGAAACGGUGGAGGAACGACCACCAGUCCAGACACCGACACCCACGCACCAAUCCCCGAGGGAAACGCCAGCUGAACGAGAAACCGAAGAACCUGCGCGAAGACCAAUGCCCGCGAGGAGAACUUCGACGGAUACCCACGCGCCUGCGACGAGAAGCGCUUCAUCAGACUCGAGCACCGGCUCCGAAAGCUCCGCAGGAUCAGGAAUCCGCAGCACGGGCGCGUCGUUCACUGCUGAGGAAAUGAAGCAGAAGUAUCUGUCGAGGGCACCCUCGUCGAAUUCAACAUCCGCAGCUUCCACCCCGCCAGCUGCUGCACCGGCUACCACCAAAGACUCCGGCAACGCCUCGCCUGCGACGCGAGCUUUUCAGAGUCGUUUUUUAGGCACAGGUAACCGUGCCGCUCCACCGCCACCCACGCAAGCUCCGGCAGCGCGAGACGAGACCGGUGUAAAGAAAAAGGAGGAAGAGGAUGACGAGGACGAGGAAACGAGCAGCUCCUCGGAGGAGACGGAGUCCGAGACCGAGGAGGAAUCGGAAAACGACGCUCAUACCUCAGCCACGGCGUCCUCCGCGGCUACGCCGAGCGUCCAGGAUCGUCAGAGAAGCGAAUCAGCGAUGGCGAGGACAGACAUCGGUCCCCUGCUAGCUCGCAGCGCCGAGGCACGUCGCGGUAGCAAAGAGGAUUCACCGUCCACCAGGUAUUCGUCGCCGAGAGGAAGUCCCGCUCACUCGGUGACGAGCCCGACGACGACGACGGCGACGGCGACGAGCGGCGCGGCGACGUUGACGACACCGGCCGGCUACACCAGCAGGACGUUUAGUGACGGACACGAUGAACCGAUCGUGUCAAACGAUCGUGUCGAGGAUUCGGAAAUCGCGGCUACGAACGCGGAUUACGAUAUUUACGGUCCGGACGGAACGAAGGUUAAACCGCAGUCGGACAAACGUACCCACACGGACGGUAGUACGGACACCGACGACACGAUCACCUCAUCACCCUCCUCCUCCUCCGCGGCUAAAUUCAAAAGUCUCGAAGGUAGCGGUUACGACAGUCGUGUAGAGAACCGCAGCGAGGUCAACGAAGACGCGUUAAUGGAAGGUCGUUCGGGGAACGGCGUGAACUCUUCGUUAUCCCUGGCACACCCCGCUGUAAGGGACGAGAGAUACCAAUCGGUCGUGGAUAACUUUGAAAAUUCAGCGAACCCUGAGGAAAACUCGCAAGAAACAUCGACGGAGAGAAAAUCUGGUGACGGAUCAAACUCUAACAGUGACACUGAGAGCAGUUCCGAAGGUGAUACCGACUCGGAGACUGACGAGGAAGAAAACGAAUCCAGAGACGAGAACAGUAAUAUAACCAAGAAAAAGACUGAAAAUCCGGAGAAGCAGAAUGGUCCAGCUUCCGAGGAGAAGAAUAACGAUUCCGAGGAAGAAUCAACCGACUCGGAUACCAAUGGGAGCAUCGUUCCCAACGUCCCCAACUCUCGUUCCGAGAACAACAGCCUGGAACGAUACGACGACAAGUCGAAGCGUCGAAGUUCCUCGAUCCUCGAAGAGAGGAGCAUCGAGGAAUUGUUCGACGAUAACGGAUGGGUGAUCACCGAUCAAGAUCUGCAGCCGGAAAACCCUCCGAGAAUUUCGAAAAGUUUAAAGCCGAUCGAUCAACACGAUUCCUCCGCUUCGAAUAUCGAGUCACCAUCGACGAUGGGGAACGAGCGUGAAACAGGACACGAGAGCAACGACGAAACGACGGAGAUGAACGGUAGAAGAUUGAGUAUGUCGGGAUCAUCGGAGAAUUCUUCGAGGAGUCGAGUGUACAGACAGAGCAGCAUCGGUAAAAAUGGAUGGCUGGUGUCCGACGAGUCUGAAAACGAGUCCGAGAACGCGGCGCGAAAAGAAACUCUGGAGAGGAAGUUGGAAUCCACGGAGAGGAUCGCGAACGCGGAUAAUAAUCCAUCGACGCCGAUGUCAACCGCCAAGGAGAAACACAGGGUACGUGAUAAAGAUUCAAAUACCAUCACUGAUAACCCGUGGAACAUCGACGAGAACGGCUGGGUGAUACUAAACAAAGUGAACGACGCUAACAAAACCGGCGCGAAUGAAACCACGGACGAGACGAGCACGAUUCGUUCCCAAACGACCGACCUCGUAAUGAGAACUAAUAUCGAGAACGGUGCAUUAGUCGCGAACGCUACCCAAUCGAAAGAGACCGAAUGUUCCAACGAGCACGAGGACACGUCUGGUGUCGAUAUCACAAUACCGAUGCAAAUGGUUCUUGAACAAGAGCAGGAGCCAGGCGGCCAUGAUGGCGAACCGGGAACGGGAACGGGAACGGGAACGGGAGAGAGAGCGGGAGAGAGAACGGGAGAGAGAACGGGAAAGGGAGAGAGAACGGGAGCGAGAAAGAGAACGCGAACGAGAACGAGAGCGGGAAAGAGAAAGAGAACGGGAGAGAGAACGAGAACGAGACGUGGACACCGAGGUCGAGUCGCCUCUGUCAACGAGGUCACGGUACGCGGCGUUGAAGGAAAGAAAACAACGGCUGGCUCGGUCCAGAAGCUCGCACAACUUCGGCGGCGAUGACCUCGACCUCGACGAGGAUCCACCCUCCCCGACGACCCAGUCGCCGAACGCUUAUUUGGCAGCCAAGUACGGAGCCGGCUCUGAACUGGC